UUCGAACAUCCUCAAAAAAUUCUCGAAGAAGCAGCGAUGGACGACAUCGUAGAAACCAUGACGGCGACGACGAGGAAGAGAGAGGAAAUAGAGAGAGAAGCAGAGGAGAAUCGGAAAGAAGCAUUGUUAGCUUCAACGCAGUCUCUUCAACCCAAUUUCAAUCGAUCCAACAUCACUCAGAAACAGAUAUCCAAAUUACAGGAGCUACACAAGAGACGCAUGAAGAUAAAAGCCAAUUCAAAGAUCCAAAAGAAACCUAAAGGUAAGCAGCAGCAGCAGCAGAGUAGAGCAGUGGAAGAUGGCGAAAGCUCUAAAGUAUUGAAAGAGACAACUUCUUCUUCUCCUACCUUGGAACAGCAGCAUCAGAAGACAGUUGUCUCAGCAGCAACAAUGAAGCCACAGAAGCUGUAUUGGGGGCUAGAUACUAAGGAGAGGUGGGAAAGGAAAGCCAACAUGUAGUGUCUGAAUCCAUUUCUCCUUAUUAGUUUGAUUACUUACUCUACUUAGUCCCAAUUGUUGCAAGUUAUUUUGAAAAGAGCAAGAAGAGAAAAGCCAACGUGAUUUUAUUUUUUUGGUUUAUUUUCAAGCUCUGGGUGUAAGAGCAAAUGACACAGUUUUGAUAUAAGACUUUCUCAAUGUAUCGUUGUCGGAAUUUGAGCAUGGGACUGAAACUUAUAGGGGUUUCAAAUUUGAAAAGCACAGAAAGUAAGUCUUUGUAAUAUGAAGAUUGUGGACAGUUGUCUCAGCAGCACCGAUGAAGCCACAGAAGCUGUAUUGGGGGCUAGAUACUAAGGAAAGGUGGGAAAGAAAAGCCAACAUGUAGUGUUUGAAUCCAUUUCUCGUUAUUAGUUGAUUACUUAGUCCAUUGUACAAGUUAAUAAAAGAGCGAGAAUACACAUUUUUUAUCCA